GGCCGCGCCGCGAACAUCUGGGGCAGCCGCGGCGCAUCCUCCUCCGGCGGCCGCAGCUGGAGGGUUCCGCGGCCGCGGGGCUGGCCCGGGCCGGCGGUGAAAGCCCCCGGAGGGGGCGAGGGCAGGCGGAGGAAGAGGCUGCGAGGGAGAAGGGAGGCGUAGGUAUCGCCUAGCAGAAAACCAUGGGCAAUUUCAAAGGGCAUGCCCUCCCUGGAAGCUUUUUCCUUCUUUUUGGCUUGUGGUGGUCAGUGAAGUAUCCACUGAAGUACGCCUGUCGAAAAAACAAGAACGUUUGCUACCUUGGUUCCAGGGCAGGAUUUCAGCGCCUGGAGUUUGUUGAGGGGAUCAUCAAAGCUGUCUUUGCCCUGAUUGGAAUGGUGGCUGAGCAGUUUGUUCCCGAUGGACCUCACCUGAAGUUGUAUAAUUAUGAGGAAAAGCACUGGGAUCACUUGAUGAACUGGCAACAUGCCACCAUGUACCUCUUCUAUGGCAUUUCAGGGUUGGUUGACAUCGUGGCUCAUGGGACCAACGCAUUGCCAGUGGCCAUGGACAGGAUGAUGCUUUCCUUGGCAGUGUUUAUUGAAGGUUUUCUCUUUUGCUACCAUCUUCAUGGGAGAGCCAUGCUGGAUGUUCAUGUCCAUCAGUUACUGCUAUUUGCUAUCUUUGGAGCUGCUAUUUGCAUAUUUUUGGAAGUUUUCUUCCGCGGCAGUAUUGUGCUAGAGAUGCUCCGUACAAGUCUCUGCAUAUUACAAGGCAGCUGGUUCUGGCAGAUUGGUUUUGUGCUUUAUCCUCCAAAUGGGAGUCCAGAGUGGAAUCAGACGGAUCAUACUAAUAUGAUGUUCCUGACCAUGUGCUAUUGCUGGCAUUACGCCUUUGCUUUUCUUAUACUUGCAGUGAAUUACACAAUCGUCAGCUGGGCAGUUCGUUCAAAGGUUAAACAGUCCCAGUCCAUGGAAAUGGGUUUACUGAAAACAUCCGAGAGAGAUCAGGAGUCAGAAGAUGAAAUGUAGUAUGGAUAUAACUUGACUAGUUUACCCGUUAUACUGUUCAGCUAAUUGAUACCUCAUUUCUAGAUUUGUUUGCCAUGUUAUUCAUUCUUUACUACAACUUGUUAUGCAAAUAUCAUCCCCCAAGUACUGUCUGCAUCUACACAGUUACGUCUUUAUUUGCAAAGGGUAAGUGUGGUAUCGAUUUGUGGUGGUUGCACUAGUACCUUGCUUAUCACAUGCUUCAAAGAAAAUCAGACUAAUAUUAGACAGACUUGGACUGGAUGAGGUGGCAUGAUGAAGUCUCUGUGUUUGCCUCAUUAAAAGCUAAGCAAAAUGUUUUCCAGCUGCUGCUGGAUGGACUGUUAAAUUUCCAUAAUUAAGGUGUCCAAAUAAGCGUGUUUGUUGCCCUGCAAGUAACUGUGCAUAAAUAACUGUGCAGACCUGGAAAAACAGUAGAACAAGAUAAAAAAAAAAAUCAGAGUCUUGCAUCUGUCUUGCAUAAGACCUUCAUGUCUCUGCUCAUGGCUUUAUGUUAAAUGGAAAGAACUACUCACUGCAAACCCAUUCAGCAUUUCCUUGAAGAGUGUGUAGUAUGUUCUCUCCUGUAGAGACACUAUUAAUCUUGGUAGGACCAAAGAGGUGUAUGAUGAUCACAAGGCAUUUCAGCUAUUCAUUCUCAUGCCUAGAUAGUCCAUUCUCUUUGCUAUCAUUUGACUUCAAACGACAGCGAUGUUACUGUUUUCCCUCGGUGCCUGGAGCAACUUCUUUUCCAGAAAGACUGAGGGGUGUCCAGUGGGGCAGUGCCUGGCCACAAGGCCAGUUUUUUUCCCUAAGUUAUUUCCUUUCCUUUGGUGAAAUUUGGUGGAAUUUCAUCAGGGUUCAUAGCAGACGUGCAACUGGAUCCCACGCCUGGGUCAGGAGCGGGUAAUGCUGAUUUGCAGGCAGGAUGAGAUGGAUUUGCAUCCUUCUCCCUGUGUUGCCACUGCAAGCGCUGGGCAGCCUGCGCAGUGCUGCAUGGUGAGCUGUGGGAAGGCAGAUAUUGCCUUCAUAGCAGCUCCCAUGCCCAGCUAUCCACAGCAGUGAGUGACUUAAAAAAAAAUAUAUAUAUAUAUAUAUUUUUUUUACACUGUAUUUAUUUUCUCCACUAAAACUGAAGUUAUGAUCCAGUGAAAAAGAGUGUGCCCUCUCCAGUGAUCAGUGUUGCUUGGGAUGAUCUCCACCCUCAACAGAAGGGAAAUAACUGAUAUGUGGCAAAAGACAUCAGAAAAUGAUGUUGUAUAUAAGCACACCUCCCCUACAAGAUGGACUUCUGAAGCAUCACUCUGGCUCUAAUACAUCUUUCGAAAGCCUUGCAUGGGCAGCUGGGCAGGAGGGAUCACUUGCUGCGCCACUGCUCUGCUCUCCAGAGGGCUGAGCACAGGACGCACGCUGGUGGCCACGGGCCGUUUGGUGUAUCCGUCCCGGGUAAGGUGAUCGUUCUGGAAAACAGCCCUUCCUUUUAGAACACCUUCUAAAAAAUAUUAUUUUCUAAUUAUUUUCAGAAACAGGCUGGUGCAGGACAACAAAUUCUGUUCAAGUAGUACCAGUGCGUCGGGUUUGGUGCUGCAGAAGUGUAUUCCUUCUACUAGAAUAGUUUUAGAUGCUCCUAAGGGAAUGCAGAGCUGGACUCAGGUAGAUGAACAAGAGCUGUAGGAUUUGGUCUCUCUACUUUUGAGUUUCCCCUAUAUUUUUUUCAGUGAGAACCAAAAAAUAAGUCGCAUAAAAUUAUUAAUUGCAGUAAGCUGAUUGCUUAAAAAGACAAGCAAUAAAAUAGUUUAUAGCUCAAAGGGAUCCCAGGACUCAGGAAAAAAAUUAAAGGCUUUUUCUAAAGCUCCUUCACCUUCAAUGCAACAAUGCACAUUCACUUAAUUUUUAGGACCUACAUUUUACCUUCUGUUUUUCAAGGACCACUUUCCUUAGCUGUACAUACUGUUAAUUCCGAAUUUUAGACCACCAGGCUUACCAAUGCCUUUCCAAAAUCAGUGAGGUCCUUUAUUCUGAAGGAGAUCUUCAGAAAGUACUUUGCUCCUCAUAGGCAGAAACAAUGCAAGUUUCUUCACUGCAUUUCUUGAUAAAUUGCAUUUAAUACUGUACAAAUAUUAAGGUGCUGUAUCUCUAAACUAAAGGGAUAACCUAAGCAGGAAGAAAAGCAUGACAAACUGGAUGAGCUUUGCUAUGUCCUUUUAGAAAACUUCAGUUGGUAAUUUUUAAAAAUUAUUUUAGAUCUUUAUCUUGUAUUGUGAAGUGACACUUGUAACCAGGUGUCAGAUUAUCCAGAUGAAUCUAUUUCAGAAAGCAAGAAUAGUUGGCUUACAGGCAUUUUUAUGUUUAGAAAUGUAAAACAGGAAACUGCAGAUGCAUAACCAAAGAUCACCACUUUUCUUAAUAAUUAUUUGCCCUUCUUCAGUGCCUUUCUCUGAAGGGUCUUGGAGAUUUUGGCAAACUUCAAUGAAGUCUGUCUCAGGACAUUCUUGUAAACUAGGUAUCAGUAUGGCAUUUUUAUAUCUCUGUGUCUCAGCUUUGCAGUGGUCUCACUGUAAACUCUGAAUUAAUUGAUAUUUACUCUGUUCUGCAAAUCUACGACUUGAGUUUCAUUACCGUGGUUCCAUUAAAAUCACAUUUUCUGUUGGCAUAAGCCAGAAGGAGGUUCCACGGCCUUGCUGAGGAGCUUGCCUGUUAAUUUCAGCAGGAAUAAAUUGACCAAACGCAGUGUGUCAUUACACCCAGCUAUAAUCUUACCUUCAUUGCGCCACAUUACUCUUGUCUCUAAAUUUUUGAGAUUUUUUUAAAGGGCAGGGUUUUUUUCCUGUUAGCAUGGUUGGGUUAUAAAGCUUCUGCAGUGUUGGGCAGUGAAGACAAUAGUUAUGUAUCAAAGUGAGUUUGGGGAUUAUUACAAAAGUCUGUCGUGAUAAGCCAAAAUCAGUUGACGAAGUGAGCCUCAUGGGACUCAAUAACCUGAGUGAGCUGUGAACGUGGAAGAUUCUUAGCAAACUCUCCUUUUGAAAAAACUGCUUUUUCAGAAACAGAAAAGUGCCAGUACCCAAACGCGACGGCCGGAGGAGCGUCUGCCUGCCUGGUUCCUCCUGUGACCGCCUCAGCCCGGUCCUUACCCACAUCCCGCAGUGGCUGUAGGUCUGUGCGUUUUCUUGGGAGAAAACCUGAGCAGGACUCAGCCUGCUGAGAGGUAUCCCAUAUGACUUCCUCUGUCUCCCUGCUGUGAAUCUCCCGUAGAUGAUCAGACAAUUGAUGGAAUAAGUCCAUCAGACCCAUCUGAUGGUUUUGGUGCAACCAUGCUUAGCAAAAAGAUGCCUUUAAAGAAGCCCAACCUGGAGGCGGAUGCAGUCUGUGACACAAAGCUGUAGGGCAGGCUUCUCACAAAAACUCUCUCUUCACAUAAAAGAAGGUGGCAUUGCAUUAUUAAGCUCGAAGAAAUGCAAGGAAAAACAGAUCCUGAAACCUCAAAGAAACAGAUGUUGGAUUUAAUUUUCAAAACUUACAGUACACACAGAGUGAGUAUCACAGUGGGGUUUUGUGCCUGAUGUUUUUUUGGUGCCACAAAGUAAAGAAACACCCCAUUUCAGGGUGGGUUUUUGCUACGCAAGAUACCUGACCCACUCUUCUCAAAAGGUACAAUUUUCAGCAUUUUGCUAGUAACAGAUUUUGCUUGAGUUGAAUGAGUGGAGAGAAGUCUGACAAGUUUACAAAUGCCGCUCAGAAAAAGGUAGCUGCUCUCAAGAAAAUUUAAAUUAUUGUUAAAUAUCGGUGCCUUUGAAAAACUAUAUGGUAGUUUAUAAUAGACAAGAUAUGCCUGUAAUUUUAUUUAAAUAAAAAUGAUUUAUUCAUAUAAGAGGUCUGUCAUGU